UACCCUGUGGCCGAAGCUAACCUAAGCCAGCCUCCUUUUGAACUGUCCUCACCUCCUCUAUAAUAUACUUUUCUAUCCCAAUGAAGUAAGAAGCAUAAGUGUGAUCCAACUAACUCAAACCAAAAGGCCCCACUUUCCAGAAAAGUUAGAAAAAAUCAAACGGUCUCACCCUUCUCAGAAUCAUUGGAAACGAGUUCACAUUUGAACCUUCUACGUGACGAGAUUUAUGUACUAUCAUUUUUAUUCUUUCAAAGCUAGAUGUAAGAAAAAAAAAUUUUUCCUCCGAAUUCUCCCAACAAAUGCAGCAAAACUUCAUUUUCAUCAAUUUCCUUCAAUCAUUUAAUUUAUUCCAAUUUUUCUUUUUUCUAAUUUCCAACGCUGCUGUUUUGUUUGAAGAAAGCUUAAAUAAUGGGGGGAAUGCUGGAGGUGUUGGCUCUUCAGUUUCUGCAUAUGAAGAGAAUUUUGGGGGGACAACCAUUAAGAGGCAUAAAGCUUUGGGGAAAAAUACAAAUUUAUCGCCAUAUUCUUCUGGAUCAGCAGCUCAAUUUCCAAUAAAUGAACGCCUACAAACAUUUGUCCACACAUUUGAGACGCUGGAGCAAUGUGCAGUAGCAUGCCCUAGACCUUGUGCAAUGACAGUGAUGGAAGAAUUGGAAAUGAUGCAACGUUGGAUCUGUGACCCGAAUGCUAGGUUAGAGAACUACAACCAACACCGACUGCCCUUAACAGAUAAAAACUUUCCAAGUUCGAGUAGAACAGAAAGAGGGGGUAAAGAUGCUAAUAAAAAUAGUUUCUUACAAAUUCUAAAUAAUCAAGCACUUUUAAUUAUCGUCCCAAUUAUCUUAUUAAUUAUUUUGUCUUCUCUAAUUUUAAUAAGGCGGUGUGGUGUUAAAUCUACUACAUCCCCUAAUAGUAAUUCUCUUUGA